UUUCGCUUCUCCCGGGAGUUGUCCCUGAUGGCGCUCAUGAUCAUUGACUCCUUGCGAUCGCUGAUGUGGGCCUUGUUGAUGCUUCUGUUAAUGAUUUUCGUCUUCGCGGUCUGGUUCACCACCAACGCCACCUUCUACUUGAAGCCCAAUGCGGACUUGUCCAGAGAUGAUUGGUUCGAGCAGCUGCAAAGCUCUUCAAUCGAGAAUGUGGUCAACAUCCAAGCCAACUUUGGAACACUGCAAGCGACCACAUACAGCCUCCUGCGAUCUAUGCUGGGCGGCAUCAACUGGGGAAUUCUAUGUGACAUGCUGCUGGCGAUGGAUACACUUUCUCCAAUGUUAUUCAUCUUCUAUGUCCUUUUUGCAUUGCUGGCGGUGCUGAACAUCGUGACGGGAGUGUUUGUGGACAAUGCCGUGGACAAAGCCAAGACUCAGCGGGAGUUCCUCAUCGAGAAGGAGCGGGAGGUGAAGGAGAAGUACAUCAAAGAGUUGCAAAACCUGUUCCUGGAAAUGGACGUGGAUGCAUCAGGCACCCUCACGGCAGAGGAGAUGCAGCACUUGGUGAAGGAUCCCAAGAUGUCGGCAUACUUCUCCGCUCUGGGUUUCGAGGCACAUGACUGCGUUCGCCUCUUUUCUCUGUUGGACUCGGAUGGGUCGGGGCAUGUUGACAUCGAGGAGUUCCUUGAUGGCUGCUUGCGCCUGAAGGGCAUGGCGCGCAGCAUCGACGUCCAUUUCAUCAUGGUUCUCAUCCACCGCUUACAGAAGCAGUUGAGCGGCUUCGAAACCGGGCACAACGCAGUCUUGGCGCGACUGACUCGACAAAGAUCCCGCGAGUUGUCGUCUCGCCUCCUCGGGCACUGA